UGAUGAGCUUUUUUUCUGACCAAGUCGCCUGUAGCCCUCACCCCACGUUGCACUCACGGAUUGCGCCGGACAAGAUCACGCUCCAUCUUUUCGCACUUUUGGGAGAACACUCGCGUACAUAUAGCAAGCACCCUCUUCUCCUUCGGACUCAGCGUGUCCGAGAACUCUCACAACCCCUCCUGAACGACCGCAAGAAAGCAAUUCCCCGACUGUCUCGGAUACCGACAUCAACAUGCCUGCAGGAUCCUGCUUAAUCACCGGCGGUACCGGCUACAUUGGCUCGUUCACCGCACUGGCCUUGCUUGAAGCAGACUACAAAGUGGUCAUUGUUGACAACCUCUACAACUCGUCUCCUGAGGUGCUGAACAGGAUAGAACUCAUCUGUGGGAAGAAGCCCGAGUACUACAACGCAGACAUUACCGACGAAAAGGCCCUGGACGAGAUUUUUGCCAAACACCCCGACAUCGACAGCGUCAUCCACUUUGCUGCCCUCAAAGCGGUCGGCGAGUCUGGCGAGAUCCCCCUCGACUACUACAAAGUCAACGUCUACGGCACACUGUGCCUGCUCCGCUCCGCUGCCCGACACAAUGUCACCAACAUCGUCUACUCCUCCUCGGCGACUGUCUACGGCGAUGCCACCCGCGUCCCAGGCAUGAUCCCCAUCCCAGAAGAGUGCCCCCUGGGCCCGACGAACCCGUACGGCAACACCAAAUUCACAUCCGAACUCAUGAUCACGGACCACAUCAACGCCGAACGGGCCAAGGCCCAGAAGAAAGGUGACACCUCGGCCGUGAACAAGUGGAACGCAGGUCUGCUACGGUACUUCAACCCUGCCGGUGCCCACCCCAGUGGUAUUAUGGGCGAAGACCCAUCUGGCGUGCCCUACAACCUGCUGCCCCUUCUGGCGCAAGUGGCCAACGGCAAGCGCGAGAAACUUCUGGUCUUCGGAGAUGACUACGCCUCCCACGACGGAACCGCGAUCAGAGAUUACAUCCACAUUCUCGACCUGGCCCAAGGUCACCUCAAGGCUCUCGACUACCUUCGCGGCCAAAACCCCGGAGUCCGGGCGUGGAACCUGGGCACCGGCCGAGGCUCGACGGUCUUUGACAUGGUCAAGGCAUUCAGCAAGGCCGUCGGCCGCGAUCUGCCGUACGAGGUGGCCGGCCGGAGAGCGGGCGACGUGCUCGACCUGACGAGUAACCCGUCCAGGGCGAACAGAGAGCUAGGCUGGAAGACACACCGCACCCUGGAGGAAGCCUGCGCGGACCUGUGGAAGUGGACAGAGAACAACCCCGAAGGAUACAGACAGCAACCGCCAAAGGAGUUUGUCGAUGCUCUCAAGAAGAACAACUAAGCGCCCCGCGAAUAACAAAUCACCCCUUGAAAUUGGAAGUGCAAACACGACAACAACGGACCUUGUCGAGUGCAAUGUGGCCAUGAGGGUGUGUGCAGAGUAUGGAACGACGUGGCGGCCUUUUAUCCGGUAGAGGAAAAGUUUUCCGGUUGCAGAACCUGGGCUGGAGUUGUCUUUCUGAAGAAUAAAACGAAGAGAUAAGAAUGCAUUGGUGACAAACGAGAAUCGAGACCAGGCCCGUUACGGGACGAGGAAAUUGAUAUGGGCGGUACGGAAGUGUCAACAUGUGGGAAAAGAACCGGUCAAUAGUUUGGGUCAUUACUUGUGCAUCUUUUCUUUUGCUCCUGGUCAAUGGCCGUCAUCGACGCUUGCAAUGGUCGGGUUUGCCUCGAUUGGUACGGGAACGAGUGGAAUUGUAGAUAGAUGGUCACACUCCAUACUCUCGGGGCGUGCCUCUUGGAGCGUUGAGCCCUUUUUGUCUCCGCUCAAGUUGUUGGGUGUCGGGUAAUCAUUGUUUGUUACCUGACGCCCGUAGAUAUGAUUGUUUUUCCAGAACAUACAAAUCGAUUUGAAAACGUG